AUGGCUUACUGCUCUUACUUGAACCUUUAUUUGGCUUUCUAUCUUUCAUGUAUUGCACCUCUUUCCCUUGCACAAACUGCAAAGUCGAGUGUGCCAUUUAAAGCUGUGAAUCUAGGAGAUUGGCUUGUUACUGAGGGAUGGAUGAAUCCUUCUCUCUUUGAUGGAAUAACCAACAAAGAUCUUUUGGAUGGAACUCAAGUUCAAUUCAUGUCUACAAAUCUGCAGGAGUAUCUAUCUGCAGAAAAUGGUGGUGGAACUGAUGUGGUUGCUAACCGUGCCUCAGCCUUUGGUUGGGAAACUUUCAGGUUGUGGAGGGUCAAUGACUCAUCUUUCAACUUUAGAGUGUUCAACAAGCAAUUUGUAGGGUUGGGAGGCCAAGGGACCCAAGUAAGAGCAGAUUCAAAUGCACCUGGCGACUCUGAAACAUUUCAGAUCAUCAGGAAUGAUGGUGAUCCCAACCGAGUUCGUAUAAAAGCAACCAAUGGGUUAUUCCUUCAGGCAAAAUCAGAAACAUUGGUCACUAUUGAUUAUGAAGGCUUGGGUUGGGAAGAUAGUAAUCCAUCUAACUUCAAAAUGACAAUCGUCAAGACCUUGAAAGGAGAAUACCAAAUCACGAAUGGUUAUGGCCCAAAUAGAGCGCCUCAAGUCAUGCGGGAUCACUGGAACACUUACAUUACUGAUGAGGAUUUCGGAUUCAUGUCAUCAAAUGGUCUGAAUGCAGUGAGAAUUCCUGUUGGGUGGUGGAUUGCACAAGAUCCAACACCACCAAAGCCGUUUGUUGGGGGCUCUCUGCAAGCCUUGGACAAUGCUUUCACAUGGGCAAAGAAAUAUGGGAUGAAAGUAAUUGUUGACCUACAUGCAGUUGAAGGAUCGCAAAAUGGAAAUGAGCACAGUGGGACAAGAGACGGAUAUCAGGAAUGGGGAGCUUCGAACAUACAGGAUACAGUGGUAGUCAUAGACUUCCUAGCAAAAAGAUACGCCAACAACCCAAGCCUUGCAGCAAUCAAGUUAAUGAAUGAACCUCUUGCACCAGGUGUCACUCUAGACACCUUAAAAAAAUAUUACCAAGCGAGUUAUGAUGCAGUACGGAAGCACACUCCAAGUGCUUAUGUGAUCCUCUCAAACCGACUAGGACCUGCUGAUCCAAAGGAGUUACUCUCAUUUGCUAGAAACCUGAAUCGCGUGGUCAUUGACGUGCAUUACUACAAUCUCUUUUCUAAUAAGUUUAACAACAUGGAUGUACAACAGAACAUCGAUUACAUCUACAAUCAGCGAGCUUCAGACGUCAAAGAUGUGACAACUUCCAAUGGCCCCCUCAGUUUUGUUGGGGAAUGGACUGCAGAAUUCGCAAAAGGUGGAGCCUCAAUGCAAGACUACAAGAGAUUUGCAAAUGCUCAAAUAGAUGUCUAUGAGGGUGCCACUUUUGGAUGGGCGUACUGGGCUUACAAAUGUGCAGCAAAUCAUUGGAGCCUCAAAUGGAUGAUUGAAAAUAACUAUAUAAAGCUCUAG